AUGGGUCCUCCGGUAGUCGUCACCGCCCUCAUCGCCGCCCUCGCGCUGGUCGCUGGUGUCUCCGCCAACGACCCCGACAUGCUCCAGGACGUCUGCGUGGCGGAUCUCAACUCAAGUAAGCGCUCCUCUCCCUCCUCUUCCUCUUCCUCUUCCGCUUCCCCCUCCCUACUCCGGCUUCUUCUUCCUUGUCCUCCUCGUCCUCCGGGGAAAAUCCUACCCCGAUUCGGAGGCUCCGUCGGGAUCUAGGUGGCCGUGGCUGACCGGAUCUGGCCGAUUUGGCAGCGGUAAGGGUGAACGGCUUCCCCUGCAAGAGCCAGAUCAACGCCAACGACUUCUUCUCCGACCUCCUGGUGAAGCCCGGCAGCACCAACAACUCCCAGGGAUCCCUCGUCACCGCCGCCAACGUCCUCCGUUUCCCCGGCCUGAACACGCUCGGCGUCUCCAUCAGCCGCAUCGACUACGCCCCCGGCGGUCAAAACCCCCCGCACACGCAUCCCCGCGCCACCGAGAUCGUCUUCGUCCUCUACGGCGAGCUCGACGUGGGAUUCAUCACCACCGCCAACGUGCUGGUGGCGAAGACCAUCAAGCCGGGGGAGGUAUUCGUCUUCCCCCGGGGCCUCGUCCACUUCCAGAAGAACAACGGCGACGUCCCCGCCGCCGUUGUCGCCGCCUUCAACAGCCAGCUCCCCGGGACCCAGACCAUCGCCACCUCCCUCUUCGCCGCCUCCCCCCCGGUCCCCGACAACGUCCUCUCCAAGGCCUUCCAGGUGGGCACCAAGGAGGUCCAGAAGAUCAAGUCUAGGCUCGCCCCGCCCAAGAAGUGA